UGAUGAAUGAUGAAUUUCUUAUAAUCUUUCAGAUUUAAAGAUAAGAAUACUCGCAGCUAAUGUAAUUACGGGAUUAAUAGCAACGACGAUGGUAGCUAUCGCUGACAUAUAUAAUAUUCCCUAUCUUUAUAUACCGUGGUUGGUAAAUACUAUCAAUGGAAUUGCAUUUUACGAGGGCCCUAUUUUUCUAAAUUUAGUUUACACUCUUUUACCGAAGUUAGGAAUUCCAACAGGAUCGUUUAUACUUAUGAUAUUGCUUCUAUACGUUGAAGAACUGUGUGUCUGGAAUGAAGUGUUCGUCAGUUUUCAACAUUGUUGGUCCGACUAUAACAACAAACAACAAAACGACAUCAUCAAAAACAAAGAAAAUAAUUCCGAAAAAAUACUUCCGAAAGAUAAUGAGGAACUUGUUUUCGAGAAAAACAUGGAAAAAGAUCGAACUCUUCUUCACGAAAAAAUUCAAAAUCGAAGGAGAUCUUUUAAUUCUUAUGAUAAGUCUAACAAUCGCAUUUGUAUUAACGCUAUUCUAACAGAACAAAGUUUCGAUCAGAAACCUACCUAACAUAAUCAGAUAGAAUGAAAUACACGAAUCAUUUUGGGGAAAAAACGAACGCGUUUGAAAUAAAAUCACGAGAAGAUAUGAGAUAGUAAAGAAGAGAGUUGCAUCUAGAGAACACUUAUGUAACAAAGGCAUAUUUGCUUUCUUAAUUUAGAUGAUUUACGGAAAGUGUAAUAAAAAUU